CACGCUCGUCUGUAGUCACAACGUCAUAGAAAUAAACAGUAAGAAUGUCGGAGUCCCUGGCCGCAAUCCCCGAUGUGGAGAUCGAUCCAGAGGGAACCUUCAAGUACAUUUUGGUCCGAGUGAAAGUGAAAGACGGCCAUGUCAGCAAAGACAUUGUCCGCGGUACAAAAAGUGCAGAGUAUCACAAUCAUAUUUUUGAGAAGGUUAAGCCAGCCGUGGAGGCCUUGGGGAUGGAGUGUCAGUGCCUCGGUGGAGGGAAGAUAGAACACAAGAGUCAAGAGAAAAAAAUAAGGGUAUUUGGAGAGUCCACUGGUUUCGGUAAAGCAGACCAUUCCGUGUCAGCGGACAAGUUGAAGAGCGUCUUCGGCGACUACGAGAUCACCUGGAGUGACGACAAAAAAUAAGCUAAAUUCUUUACAUUUGCGCUCAUGAAAAAGCCAGGAGUCAAACUCUGUACUUGUUUAUUUUAUGUCAUAAAUGGAUCAAAUGCAA